GACAGCUGUCAAAAGUAUUGGCCAGGGAUUUAAUUAUUUGAUUCACUGUUUGUACCUUGUCUAUAUCUCUGUACUUUCUUAAAAUUACGAAUUGAAGGUAUGUUUUAGUUUGUUUUAUAUUAGUGACUUAUGAAGAUUACCUCACCCUGAAAAAAGGGGGCUAUGACAAACAACAUCAGUGGAUAAGCAAAUUUUACAAUUUGUUGCAAACACAACAAGAAAAGGAACAAAAAUGCAAACUAUAAAGUGUGUUGUGGUUGGAGAUGGAGCUGUGGGAAAGACUUGUCUGCUCAUCAGCUACACAACAAAUAAAUUCCCAUCAGAAUAUGUGCCAACAGUAUUUGAUAAUUAUGCAGUCACUGUCAUGAUUGGAGGAGAGCCAUACACCCUUGGGCUCUUUGAUACUGCAGGACAGGAAGAUUACGAUAGACUUAGACCUCUGAGUUACCCACAAACAGAUGUUUUCCUUGUUUGCUUCAGUGUAGUGAGUCCAAGUUCUUUUGAAAAUGUUAAAGAAAAGUGGGUUCCUGAAAUAACGCAUCAUCAGCAAAAGACACCAUUCCUUUUGGUAGGUACACAGAUAGAUUUACGAGAUGAUCCAGGAACCAUGGAAAAAUUGGCAAAAAUCAAACAAAAGCCAGUGUCACUAGAACAAGGAGAGAAACUUGCAAAGGAACUAAAGGCAGUGAAAUAUGUUGAAUGCUCAGCUUUGACACAGAAAGGAUUGAAGAAUGUAUUUGAUGAAGCAAUUUUGGCUGCUUUAGAGCCUCCAGAGCCUGUAAAGAGAAGGAAAUGUGUCAUGCUGUAAGAUUAACCAGCUUUCACUGGUCUCAUACGCUUUUCUGAUUCAGUGUGCGAGGCUUUUUUAUUACUGUAAUAUUCGACUUAUUUUAAAAGCCCAUUAACAAAUAUGAUGUAAUAGAAAUACAUGUUUAAAUAGGACACAUGUGACAAUAUUACAGUAAAUGGGGUAGCAAAUAAUCUUGAGAUCGGCUGCCAUACAAUAUGAAAGUUUUCCAAUUUGACAAUUUUAUACCACAUUACUUGUCAUUGCUAUUAUGUAAACUAGUUAUAAGCAAUUGUAUUAGAACCAUUUUGAUUGAAGUUAUCCACCAUAUAAUUUAAUGGUUCAAAUUUGAAGGUAUUUUAAAAUAAUUAUUUAUAAAUAUUGCUAUCACAUUUUAAACAAUUUUUUUAAAAGACGUUUAAGAGAAUAUUUUUAUUACUUGACAUUUUCUGAGAGGCUGAGUAUUCUAUUCUAUUGUAGUAUAAUUUUACAAUUUUUGAUUGUCAAAACUAUAGAAAUUAUUGGUCUCUAUGAAAAAUAUGUUAUUUUAACUUUAUUGUGUAUAUUGAAUUAACAUAUUAUCUAUAAUAACAUAUGAUUUCUAUACUUCCGUAUUAUUUAAAAUAGUAUUUCAAUAUCUUAUGAUAUAAAAAUUCAAACAUUAUAAUGACCAUUGCUUUAAAAUUCACAAUUUAUUUAUAUCAAAUUAUUUUAACUAUUAAAUAGUAAUGAUUUUUAAGAAUGAUGGAUUGGAAAUAAUUGAAUCAUCUCAGUCUCUCUAGUAAUAAUUUCAUUCAUUUUUUAUGACAUUGAUUGAAUUUUGAUUUAAUUAUAAAUAAGUGGUUACACUAUUGAAUAACUUAUCUCAUUACCCAGAUAAGUUUUGGGUAUAAUACAUGCAACCAAGGAGCAUUUUUUUUACUAAUUGCUUACUGCUUGGAAUAUGAUAUCUGUGAAAUUUUGUAGGGACAGGUUCAAGAAAUUUUAUUUUCUUUGUGAUGAAGGAAGUAAAAGUUUUUAUUGCACUAUUAAAUCAAUUUCUCUUGAUAUGGGCUUAGGUAUAGAUAAUAACUAAGGAAAACAUAAUUGUUACUAUAAAUGCAGUCAAAAAGACUGAAUUCAAUAAUUUCAUUCCAUGUUACUAUUUUAUUUAUUAUUAUUGAUACAUGUAAGAUUUUGAAAUACCUAUACAUUUGGAUAAUUAUACUGUUCACAAUUUUUGUAUUUAAGUUUAUCACUGCCAUGUACUCUAAACGCACAUGUCUUUUAAGUGCCAAAUCUCUAGUUUUAUAGGUUUAAAGCUAGCCCCACCAGUAUUUUUUUAAAUUUAUCUAAGCCUAUUUUGUAAAGCGCAGAUUAACGCAAGACCAAAGUACCACAAACUUACCUAACCCAACAUACCUGUGGCGGUACCGCCUAAUACUUAAGUUGAAAUAUUAGAAACAGCUAGGUAUAUCUGUGUGUCAGAUAAGUUUGUAACACCUUAUAACUAAUGGCAUUUGACGACGUUCGAAAAUUUCAAAUAUCAUAUUACAGAGCAGUAUAUUAUUAUAGUAUGGUUAAGGUAAGCAUAAAAGAAUGAUAUAGCAUCACAUUAAUAUUUUUAUUACACACAUAAAUCCAGCUGUACCUAAAUUUUUUAUUUUACCAUUUAUUUUAUUUUAAAGAUAAUUUAUUGAAAUCUUAGAAGCGUCUUAUAAAACAUAAUGAAGAAAAGUUAGCCUCGCGAAUAAUUGUUUGAUUAGGGCUUGAAUGCCUGUCUGAUAUAUAUGACUUGCAUACAAUGCAUGAAAAUAUUUUUUCUUUUUGUUGUAUAAUCUGUUUGUUUUUAUUAAUGACUACUUCAAUUAAGAAAUUUUGCAGUAAGUAUAAGAAAAAAGAAUAAUAAAGUUUUAAUUUGAAACAGUAUUUAAUAAUAUAAUUUUUUUAUGAUAGACUGUCUGUUUAUUCUUGUGAAUUCAUAACAUUUUUUUAAUACAAACAUUUAUUCAUGGCACAUAUGUUUAUUCAGUUAUUAUAUUUUAAUGUGAGAAUUUGACAUUUUAUUCGAUUUUUAACUCUUAAUAUAUUAUUUUCCUUUGUGUCAGUAACUUAAGGAUUAAGUGUAUAUUAUUGUAUUAAAAUAUAUUAAAUACAA